AUGAUCUUGCCCUUGGGGCGUCACCUCAUUUACCUAUAUCUAUUUCUUAACUCUUACAUUCGUUAUGGACUUUCUGAACUACACUCACCUAAUCUAAGUGAGAAUAAUACUACACUCCUUGAUCCACCUAUCCUACCACCGAUUCCAAAACCUCCAUCACCUGUCUCAUCAAAUUCCACCAAUCAAUCUGGAAACCUUUCAAGAAUCGAUAAUGCCUGUAAACCAUUACCACUGACACCUGAAUUAUGGAAAGAACUUAAAUUACACGAAUAUCUACUUACUUAUCCUCAAGGAGAUCAACUUUCAUUAGAAGCUUAUGCUGAAAAAGUCGGUGCAACUAAUUUUGUUUGUGGGAUCGGAAAAGUUUGUGAUGCUAGUCAAAUUUGUAUGCCUGUUAGUGCACCCGAUUGGUAUAUACUCGUUGCUGUUCAAAAUUGGAACUCGUUUAGUAAUACAAUGUAUGAUGCCACUGGGUUUGCAAUAUCGAUCCUACAAGGGCUAGUGACUUCAAUUGUCAAUGAUAUCGUACCACAUGAACCUGAUAAUCUUGCUAUCCAAUCUACUCUUCUCGGUCUUGUUGCUGGUCUCUUCGGUGCUAUUCCUGGCUUCCUUUAUCCUCAAGGUCUUGCAUUCUUUGGUUCGACAGUUUGGCCAUUUGUUCAAGGUGGAACAGGUUUCUUAUCAGGUAUUGCUUGGACGUAUCAUAAUCUAUAUGCCAUUCUACCCACCGAUGAACUUUCAAAGACAAAUGAUAUAAGUUAUUUAUUAUCAAAAGCACAAGCUUCAACCCAAGCAAUGUUAGCCGAUACAACUGAAUCUGCUACUCGAGCUGGGAUCAGUACUGAGAAAGGUUUAUACGGUAUUCUUAAAGAUGGAAUCUUUUUGAAUAAUCAUUUUUCUGGAUCUGAAAUGACUGAAGGUGAUAUUCAAACUUCAAUCUCUCGUGUGGCUCGUGCUAGAUUACUUGCUGCUAUUUGGAAAGCUAAGGGUUAUUUUGUGGUUCGUGGAAGGGAACCUUGUACACAAGAUGGACCAAAUGGAGCAUAUUCAGAUGAUCAAAUGAUGUCAUACUGUGAUCAAGAUGGAAUUAUGUUUCAAAUCGUGAAAUCAGAAGAAGGAGAAUUAAUUGAAAAAUUCACUUGGGCUCAUUUGAUUCCGGCAAAAUAUAAUUUAAAAUUCGAAUAUUUUGUUAUCCAUUCUUGGAGUUGUCAACAAAAGUAUCUUACUUAUGCUUAUGAUCCUUACUUGAAUAGUCUUUUACCUGCUGAUCCAGAUGCGGAAUGUAUUGUAAGCUUAGCAGUUUGUGAUAUGACACGAGAAGACAUUCAUAAAUAUAGUAAGAAGCACGGGUUGCUAGCUGCUUGUCAAAAGAUUGGAAUGUUACCAAAUAUUUGA